AAAGAAAGUUUGCAAGACGAGAGGCAAUUGAAGGUAUCCACUGCUGAAGUGCGAAUUGCGAAUCUGCAGAAAGAAUUGCAGUCUCUUGUACAGAAAUGUAGGAUUCCUUCUUUGUUCACUUCGAUGGAGAAUCUUGAAACCAGUCGGCCAACUGAAUUUGAAAUUACAAUCAAGAUCCCUGAGGAGCAGAGAAGGAAAAUCGAGGUUCGAGUGGCUGCAGCGAGGCUUUUGCAGCUAAAAUCAGAAUCUAUGCAAAUAGAACAUGACGAGGAGAGGGCAUUUGACAGGAAUGCGGAGACUAACAAACUUGAUGAACAAAGGAAGUAUGCUGCCCUGAAGAAGAUUAUGCCGGCAGUGAUGAGAAUGGAUGAGUUUAAAUCAUAUUGGAACUCUAUGAGUGUUGAGAGAAAGCGGGGAUUGCUUGAACUCAGAAUUCACGAUUUGAGAGACCAUUUUAGUUCAUUCAAGGGUGGUUUAGCGGCAACGACUUUCUCAGAAGCUAUAGGCUUUGCUCAGAAGAACAAGACUUGGAAGUUCAGGCCCUGUUGCUUUUGUGACGAUAAGUUUAAAGACUCAGAAUUGCAAAUGCAGCAUGUUAAGCACGAGCACAAUACAGACAUCUUAUCGAAGUUGCAAAUAGUUGUGCCAGAAGAAGUUGAUGCCGAUUGGGCUGAUAUGCUUGUCAAUUGUACAUGGAAGCCAGUUGAUACGUCUAGAGCUUUGAAAAUUAUUGAAAAACAAUCAAAAAGCCAAUUGGCUAUUCUUGUUGGUGAGGAACGUAUGCAGGAAUGUCUAGAUGAUAAUGAAUACUGUCCGAAGGAGGAUGAUUGCAACUCUUCCUGUCAAGAAGAUAGGUCUACGAGCAACCCGGAUGAUCAGAAGUGGCCACUAUCUGAUGAUGUUGAGCGUGCAAAAAUUCUUGAAAGCAUUCAUGCCGAGUUCCAAAUGCUUCUUAGACACAAAUGCCUUUCUAAAUGCAUAUUUAAAAGGGUGAUAAAGUAUACCAUGGAAGAACUGCAGAAGAAUUUUAUUCCAUUAUCGCAGCUUCGCAUUCAUGGCCUGAACCGAACACCUCUCUGCAUUUGUUUUUUGGAAGUUCCCCAGUUGAAGAAGAUCCUUGAAGUCUUGCAGCUUGUGUCCAGUUUUUUUGGCUUAAAGGGGUACCCUGACAAGAGUAGUUCCUUGGAUGAUGCACUUAAUGUCUAUGAGAUUGAGGGGAAAGUUAAGGAAAGGAUUGUUUUUAGUGGUGACUCAUCGUGUCUCCUUCUGGAUGAGCGUUUACUGCUAGGGGGGCUUACGCCACACAAGUAUGAGGAUGCUGUUGCAGAUGAUGGUUCUGCAAUAACUUAUACCAUUCGUCAUGAUGAGGUUGAUGUUCUUCCAGAUAGUGAUGCUUUAAUACAUUGGUUAUUUUUCGGUCUUUCGAUUGUAGAAGAAUUAGCAUUAUGGUCACAAAUACAAGAAACAACGAAACAUCAAGGAAUGGAAGUUAUUCAGAUGUUUGAGGAGGAGUUUGACCUCUUAGAAAAGCGAGACAGAAAAAAAAGUGAAAUCUCAAGCCAUAAGAAAGCAUUACAGGCAAUUGAGAGGAUCUGUAUCGAGGAGCUUGAGAAGAGGAAGCAAGUUGAAAAUCAUAUCCCGCAACUUUAUUCUUCCCUCUUGGGAAAGUGGGAAGAAGAACUGGUUAGGGCAGACAAUGAUGCUAUGUCCGGCAGCCAUAGAUUUGAGAAAAAUGCUAUAUUGAGCAUACUUACAGAAGCACAAGCUCUAAAUAUUAAUCAGUUUGACUUUCAGGAAGCCUUGACCGACUUAAUUUCUUCAAGAAGUAGUGUCCUUGAGCAUCAAGAAGAUAUUUGCAUUACAAUUGCAAUUGAGAGAGAAAUUGAAGAGACAGCUGCAAAGUUUAGCAAAAUUCAGGAAUUGAUCAAGAGAAGUUUUUAUGUUACCCGGCAGCUGGGGCUGAAACUAAAGAAGUCAUCUAGUCACGACUAUCGGUCCAUCAUGUUGCCCCUUCUGAAGUCAUUCAUGCGGGCACAAUUUGAGGCUUUGGUUAACAAAGAUGCAAAGCAGAAGUCAGAUGCUGCAGGAGAAGCAUUUUUAUCAGAACUUGCAGUAGAAGUCAAAAAGAAUAAUAUCAAAGGAGGCAAUAAUACAAAACUUCCACCUGAAAAUUCAAAGGCUAAGAAAAAGAACAAAAAUCACAGAAAAGUGAAGGCUUCAAAGGCUACUUGUGGUGAUGAGCUAUAUGUGCUGCAAGAGGAAAAAGAAGAACAAGCUCACUUUCCUAUUAGCUACGAUGGUGAUUAUCCGAGUUCUGAGAUUGUUGUUGCUGUAAGUGCUGAUGGAUUGGGAAUUCAGGGAGAGAAAUUUAAGCAUGAAAUUGCACUUGAAAUGGAGGAAAGAAAGCUCGAAGAGAUGCUGGAGUAUCAAAAAAAGAUUGAGGAUGAGGCUAAGCAGAAGAAUCUAGCCAAGCAAAAUAAGAAUGCAGUUGCACCCAUAAAGGAGGACUUGGAGAAAAUGGAUGUUGCUUGCUCAAUGCUUAGUAAUGAUAGGAGUCCAUGUGUCCCUGUAAGAACUUUGGAGGAAACUAAAGUGCCCGACAAUUCUUGGAAAGUGCCACGGGCCAGAAGGAAAAGAUAUCGCACCCAUGGCAAGGUUAGGCAAGAGACAUUAGUAGCACAGAAGAACCUUCCCUCAACAAUGAGCCAAAGGGUGCCUCUAAAAGUAGCCUCAGAAGAAAAACUUUUGGUCUGGUCAGAUGAUUACAAAUUUGGACAUAUUAGCGUAUCAAAUUUAUUCGGGCCAGGACUGAGAAAUGAUGUUGGUGAAAACAAUUGCUUUUUAAACGUGAUUAUACAGUCUCUCUGGCAUUUAAGAAAGUUUAGAGAUGAGUUUUUGAGUAGACCAGCAUCCAUGCAUGCACAUAUCGGAGAUCCUUGUGUUGUUUGUGCAUUACAUGAGAUUUUCAAGGCCCUAAGUGUGGCAUCUACAAGUAUGACGAAAGAAGUUAUUUCUCCUACCAAUUUUAGAAUUGCUUUAACCAAUUUGAGCCCUGAUGGUAAUUUAUUCCAGGAAGCAUGGAUGAAUGAUGUUUCUAAAGUUGUAAAAGCCAUUUUGGGCUUUCUUCAUCUGUCAUUUACUUCUAGUUCUGGUGUUUCUGAUACUAAAGCAGCAGGAAGCAAUUGCACAGGCUCUUGGGAUUGUGCUAGUGAUGUUUGUAUAGCACAUACAAUUUUUGGAAUGGACGUAUUUCAAAAAAUGAACUGUCACAACUGUGGUAUUGAAUCUGAACAAAUGAAGUUUACUUCUUUUUCGCAUUUCAUACGUGCCAUUGCACUCAGAGGAAUGAAGUGUUACUAUGCGGAGAGAUCUUUUGAUGAGCUUUUGGAGCUUGCGGAAACGCAUCAUUAUAGAAUUUGUGAUCCUGAGGUUGGCGGCUGUGGCAAAUUAGACAAUGUCCACGAUAUUCUUUCAACUCCUCCACAUGUGUUCACAACAGUUCUUGGUUGGGAGAGUCGUAGUGAGUCUGCAGAUGAUAUAUCCGCAACAUUGAGAGCUCUGAGUACUGAGAUAGAUAUUGGUGUCAUGUAUGAGGGUUUAGAUCCAGGGAACAAACAUUCCCUUAUUUCAAUGGUUUGCUAUUAUCGGGAACACUAUAUCUGCUUCGUCUACAACCGUGAGUAUAAAAAGUGGAUUAUGUAUGAUGAUGAAACUCUGGAGGUUAUUGGCUGUUGGGAUGAUGUUCUUAGCAAGUGUGAAAAAGGGUAUUUACAGCCUCAGGUUCUGUUUUUUGAAGCUGUAAAGUAGUUUUUCGUUGGAUACAUCAUUGGAAUGCACAACAGUUAGGCAGUUAACCUUGCUUGCAUUUCUGAUUAAACUGUAUUUUCUUUUUGUUCAUUUUGGUUUCUGUUGCUUUAGCUUAGUAAGGGAGAAAAUCAUGUAUAAGUAGGAAGGUGUAUAACAACUCAUUCGUUGUAUCAAUAACUAAAAUUCAAUAAGAAUUCAGUCCAAG